GACCUUCCAUAUUCCCUACUUCCUCUGCAGCGCUUCAACCAUCACAUCCGGGUCCCCCAGCCCCUUAUAUUACUUGCCUGCGCAGUUGCCGUGGACCAUUAGGAUAGCUCACAUCGCUCGGCAAUGCUAACACAAGAGCAGAAAGCCAGGAGAGGUGUAAAAAUUGGAACCAUUUGGCCCACUUAACAGCAAAAUGAUGCAAGUUGUUCAGCCUGGAAAACUCUUCAUAGGAGGCCUCAAUGCAGAGACCAAUGCAAAGUCUAUUGAAGCAGUGUUUGGAAAAUUUGGACACAUACUAGAAGUUCUAUUGAUGAAGCAUCGAGAAACGAAGAAGUCUAGAGGCUUUGCUUUUAUUACUUUUGAAAGCCCUGCAGAUGCUAAGUGUUUGGAUGGAAAAACAAAGUAGAGCAAGCCAAGAAGAAACCAUCUUUUGAAAGUCAUGGUAGGCACAAACUGCCACCUCUUUCAAGAACUAAAGUCCCCCAAAGAAGUCUGAGGUGUGGAAGAGGAGGAAGUGGUACACCAAGAGGUCGUUCUUCACGUGAAGGGUGCUUGGGUAAUAUCUUAAGAUUCAAGGAUGCAAACAUAGGAUCAAAAACCAAUGAUGGUGGAUAUACUCUUAAUCUCAGAAGAAGAAGUCUGCUGUCUUUGAAACACUACAUAAAGAAAAGCCGAAGCUGUGGGGGAGAGGCCCAGAGAGAGAAUGGAAGGGAGAUAGGUUGCUGUGAGGUGCUUAGAGUCCCCAGCAGACUUACUACAGACUUAGCAGGAUAAAUAAAUAACUAAAUAGAUAGAUAAAUAGAUAAGUGCCCCUGAACUGAGGAAUGGAUGGCGAAGGCUGGAAUGUGACUGUGUUGCUAGGGAGAGGUGAGAAAGGGGAAACCGGAGCAUGGGCAAGCAGGCUGCUGAUUGGCUGGCGCCCGGAACGCGCAACAGGGCUAGAGCGUGGCAGGUAAGAGUUUCUUCAGUCAGUCGCUGGCCAGCCGGGGCAGCGACUGGGCCUGCUAAGAGUCGCUCUGCCUCGACUGAGGGUCCCAAGGCGGAGCGGCGGCGCCUGCGCGGUGCGGCCCCAGAGCCACCGGUGGUGGUUCCCAGCCUGGCUGUGAAGAUGGCGGACCGCGCUGUCGCCAGCGCCAACGGCAGCUCAUCCUUGCGGGGUACACAGGAACGAAUGGUUGCUGUGUCUCAAACUGACGCAGAAGAAAAACGUCAAAGUCGCAUUAGCUCCUUAGCUACUCAAUCUCAUAAUGCAAGACCAGCUUUUAAACCAAUGGUAACCGAUAGCUCUGUUCUUAAAAACGACAUGAAGCAAAGAUUAGCAAAAGAACGUAGACAAGAAAGAAAACGACAAGAGGAAGCCAAUAAAGAGAUGCAACUCCUUGAGAAGGAACGGAAAGCAAAACUUCAGUUUGAAAAGCAACUGGAAGAAAAACAACGGAAGAUAAAAGAGCAAAAAGAAAAGGAUGAGCGAAGGAGACUAUCUUCAGAAAAGAGAAAACAGAAUUUAGAAGCUGAAACAGAGAAAUAUAGAGCUGCUGUUUCGCGUACUAUGCAAUGGAGUACUCGUUUUGAUCAGCGAUCAAAGAGAUGUUCAUGGGACGGUUCUACUGAGAACACUGAAAAUAAAAAUGGAAAAAGAGAACUUAAAAGAAGCUCAUCUCUGAAUAGAAAGGACAGAAGAGAGCGCUCUCAUGGUGACAACCAGUAUGUGAACAAGCCAGUCAUCAGCAAUCAUGUCCUUCGUUAUAUACAAGUGCCAAUUCGUAGCCACAGCAGUGAUGAAUUGAAGACUUCCACCGUGCUUUCUAUGUUAGGAGUCAAAAUGAAUCUUCACACAAAGUUAGAUAUGACUCCCCUGGAGAAAGCAGACACCCCUCUUGAAGCAAAUAUGAGCAUAUCCCCCAAAGCUAGCAUGGCAAUACCAUCUAAGCAGUCAGAAGUGCCACCUGAAGUGAUCGUGGAGGUGCCCCCCCAGGUGAACGUGGAGGCAGCCCCCAAAAUGAACAUAGAAGUGACCCCCAAGGAGAAUGUGGAAAUGCCUCCUCAGGGGAAUACAGAUGUGCAACCUGCUGUACACCCCAUGGUGAGCAUAGCUACUACUCCCAUGGCUAGCAUGGAAUCCCCUGUGUUAAGCUUAGACUCAUUGCCUUUGAGCGUGGAAUCAUCCCCAUUGGUGAGUGUGGAGGCAUCACCAGUGGUGAGUUUGGACACCUCCCCUGAGACCAGCAUGGCUAUAUCUCCUGAAGUUGGCAUAGACCCAGCUAGCAUGGAAGCGUCCACUGAGACAAAUGCGGAUGAGACCAGUGUGGAAGUCCUACCCGAAGUUAAUGUAGAAGAGAACUUGGAAGCUCAUCUUGAGGGAAAAGCUGGAAGAUCAUCAGACGCAAGUAUGAAAGGACCAUCUAAGGAUAGCAUAACACCUCCUAAAGUGAUUGUAGAUGUGGCAUCACAGACAAGUGUAGACAUGCCAUGCAAGAUGGCCAUCAUCUGCCCGUGGGUGGCGUUCACCCUCUCCAGUAUAUACUACGUUCCAUCAGAAAGAAGAGAAGAACAGCGUCUACGAGUAAAUCUGAGGGUGAUGUCCAAAAACAGGAUCUGUGAAGGAACCUCAAGGCUGGAAGAAGCCCCCAAAGUUUUGACCAAAAAUCACCAUGUCACUCAUGAAGAAGAAGACAAGAAAGAAGACAAACCGCGUGACAAAAUGGAAUCUAGGAAAGAAGACAUGGCAGAUGAAGAACCAGCAGAAGUACAAGAUGAAGAUGGAUUUCAAGAACAAGGUUUAAAAAUGAAUAAAGAAUUCCAGCCAGAAGAUGAUCACGGAUUUCCCCAGACACUUAAGAAAAUCAUGAAGCGGACGAGAGAGACAGAUGGGAAGGCUUCAGAAACAUCUGACAAGGACACAUCUGAAGAGGAUGAGGCUGACGAUGAGGAUGAAAUAGAGGGUGAUGAAGACCCCCUUGAUGAACUGUCUGCAUCAGGCAUCCAACAUAGAAAUUCAUCUUCCAAACCCAAGAUGCCUUGUAAAAAUGCCAUGAGAAGACCUCAAAAGCUGGCGGUUUUACAAGCUGCAACCAGUGAGGGCGACUAGAAUAAAAAAGCCUAUUUUAACACUGAUAUGAAAGACAGCAGACAAAAGAGCACAAGAUCCUCAAGAUCACAUACAAAAAGAAUACCCCAAACUGGAAAAGCUGCUCUCAGAUCCACCAUGAGCGUCAACACAAAUCAGGAGUGGAUGUGUGGCCAGACAUACAAGCCUCGUGGGACCAGGGAGAUUGAUCAUCUUCUGCUGGAUAAAACCCCCACGCCAAAGACUCAGAAUUUUCUGCCUCAUACUUGAACCUAGAAAGAACAUGGCUGUCAAAAAACAAAAGAAACAAAGAAGACAUCCAAAGGUCACCUUGACAACUACUUCAAAAGUUGUUCAUAUCAUCUUGUUUGAA